AUGGGAAUUGAACAACAGAUUGCUGGAAAACUUUUUGGAGCAGUGAAGAAUAAGGUUAAGGACAUGAAACAUGACCAUGAUACCAACUCUCAUGCCAACUAUUCUCGUGAUGUUAAGCAUGGAAAUGUAGAGGACCAUAAUGAAGAAUUACCACCUCUUGAGGUACAAGUGUACUGUCACAAUAUCAGACAAGAGAAUAAUAAUAUGAUGGACGGUGAAACUCCUUGGUCGCAACGGAAAGCUGGAGUGAUUCAGUCCAUUGUGGAGAACUCUUCAAACUUGCCAACUUUGGUAGGACUCCAAGAAGUGAAGCAAAACAUGCUCAAUGAUGUUAUGGAUGGGCUUGGGAAACAUUGGACCCAUUUUGGAGUUGGUAGACUGGACGGGAAAUCAAAGGGUGAAUUUGCACCCAUUAUUUAUCAGCCUGAAAUUUGGAACCUUAAGCAAGGUAAAACUUAUUGGCUUGGACAAACUCCCGAUAGACCCAGUAAAGGAUGGGACGCUGCGUUGGAAAGAAUUGUCACUGUGUGUAUUUUUGAACACAGACAACUGGGAAAAGUGGUUACUUUUCUCAACACCCAUUAUGACCAUAAGGGGAAAUUGGCUCGUGAGAACUCGUCGAAACAAAUUAUCGACAUAAUGAAGUCCUAUCCUGGUGCUAGUAUUCUUGUGGGUGAUUUCAAUAGUCAGCCUCAUCAAGAAGCUUACAAAACUUUGUCGACUCAACUCAAAGAUACCAGUUGCAAUUGUCAGCAAAGACGGGGCCCAGAACAUACAAUCACUGGAUUCAAGAGAGGUGAACAAGAAACCAGCAUUGAUUUCAUUUGGACCACUCCUGGUAUUAACAUCCUCCAUCACGAGGUGAAGAACCACGAAUUCAAUGGCCAUUAUUGUAGUGACCAUCGUCCUGUUACAGCGGUGGUACAGAUCUGA